AUGAUUAAAGAAGCUAGGUCGCCGGCUAUCUUCUUCCACGACGAGGUAGUCGAGGCAGUCGAAGCCCAAGAAUGGUUAGGCAGGGAAGGCGGCAGAUACCAAGGCAAAGAGGAACUCAUGUUCCGAGACUUUCUCGAGACUCUGCUCUUGAGCCCAGUCUACCGCGGCGAAAACUGUUUAGACCACGACGACGAAGGCAUUCCAGACGGACCCUGGAACGACGAGACCGUAGCGACGAGCUUUGCAUUGUUUUGGGCAGAGAAUGACCCCCGUUUUAUGUACCCUCCGCCAAGGAUCGGCGAGCUUUUGAAGGUGGAAAUGUUUGCGAGGGGCAUCUCUCAGACCAAGUUGUUCCCAUUCCUCUGUGGUGGCGUGGGCAAAUGCUUCUUCAUCACUGAAGAUGAGCGAAUGGGAAUGUGUCCGCCUGACACACGACCCGGUGACAUUAUUGUUGCACUAUUCGGAUCCCGUGUACCCUUUGUGGUUCGCCCUGUGAGAAAGGAAACAUAG